UCAAAGUAUAAGAAUUCGAUCAUUAUGUGUUUCUCAUUGUGCGCCUCUCACACUGCAGGGCACAGAAUGGGAGGAGCUGCUGCGGUGUCACCUGCUCCGAGUGCGCCCACUGCAGGUGUGAGAAGACGGACAGAGAGGUCUUACGGACAGCCGGUAUGAUGCCACAACUCCGGACACUUACGGUGAUGCGCGGUACCAGAGCUCGCAUCUUACGUAAGAUCUGCAGGAACUGUCUGAAUCUCACAACUUUGCAGCUUCACGGCUGUCAGAAGAUGAACUACUCGCUCCUGAAGUACAUAUUUGAGAAGUGUCCGAAGAUAGAGAAGCUGAUAAUCGCCAACAACUUACUGGCCGACCGACAGUACGCGGAGUUGGUGUCGCGCCUGGAACACUUGCAGAGCCUGGAAGUGUUCGAGAAUCGGAGAGGUGCGGGGCCCGUGGUGCUGCGCUUCCUGGCAGACACCUGCUCGAAGUUGCGGGAGAUAAACCUCAGCUGUGACUACCACCCACUGGAGGACGUCGAGUACUUCGUGAAGGCCAAGAGGGACACACUCACUUCUGCCACCGUGCGCUGGACCAUGGCGGGGAAGAGGCCCGGCUGCCUACCACUGCUGCAGAAGUUGGACCUGCCGCACGCCACCGACCUCCCGGAUGACGCGGUGGUCACCAUUUCUCGGGGGUGCCCGUCACUGCGCCACCUGAGCCUGACUUUUGCGACGAGUCUCACAGACGGAGCACUUGCCGAGAUCCACCGUCUUAAACACUUACAGAUACUGGAUCUUUCCGGAUGCAGUGGGCUGGGCGGAUCUGCCGUGGCGCACGUGGCGCAGCUGCCGGCCCUCCGCACGCUGCUCCUCCAGUACAUUGACGACCUGACAGAUCUGCAGCCGAGCCUACGGCACGUCCUGGACUUGAAGCAACUGCGCUGCCUCGAUAUCCUGUACAGCGGCCACAUCAGAGCUGUGCCAUUUGAAGAAUUUUCUGUCAGGCUCGUGAACCUCAGAGAACUACAUGUGACAUAUGAGGAAGAGGAUGAGGUUUUCUACAAAAAUGUUUUUGCUGAGAUGCAGAGUCAAAUGCCUCGGCUCAGGAUAAUUAAUACUUUCCGAUGGACAGAGAAUGACUUCCUAACAGAUUACGAAACGGAUGAUGAUGAUGACACCGACAUAGGGUACUGAGAAAUAAUUUUGGUUUUCAGACUGCAGAAUGUAACAUUGGAGCCCCUGGAUGAGUGAACUGUUUGAAAAGCAAGUAAAAGACAAAAUAUGGAUUUAUGAAAUUAUUGUAUAAGAGCCAAGAAAGUGUUGGCCGAAAUAAAAAUGCAAU